GGUGCGGGUUGAGUACUACGUCAACGAGAACACCUUUAAGGAGAGACUUCACCUUUUCUGUGUAAAGAGCCAACAGUCAAGCCUACGCGUCCGAAUUUUCACUUUACUGGUCAAGUUAUUAACAUGUGUUUUCUACAUCAUACGGGUUUGCAUUGAUGACAAACCCAUCCAUGCCUCUUGCUACGGGUGUCAGAACGAAAACAAGGACAUCAAUUACUACCUUGAAUACGGGAACAAGACCGACGAGCAGUUCCAGGAGGCGCCCAUCAUCAACUGGCGGGCGGUGUGGUGGGUGAACCGACCGACGUGGCUGUGGAUCCUGCAGCUGGCGGGCGCCGUCAUCUCGCUCUCCGAGGCGCUCUUGUUAGCCUACCUGAACUACAAGGGAAACAUAUGGCAGACGUUAAGAUCGUUUUAUUUUCUUCUCGAGUUGGUCAAUACUGUACCUUUUAUUCUAACACUAUGUUGGCCUCCGCUAAGAAACCUCUUCGUCCCGGUGUUCCUCAACUGCUGGCUGGCCAAACAUGCUCUCGAAAAUAUGUUCAACGAUUUGCACCGCGCUAUGCAACGCUCUCAAUCAGCUCUCAGUCAGCAGCUUAUGAUACUCUCUGCAACCUUCAUGUGUCUCGUCUUUACCAGCGUGUGCGGGAUCCAGCACUUCCAGCGCGCCGGCCACCGCCACCUGAACCUCUUUCAAGCCGUUUAUUACGUCAUCGUCACCUUCUCCACCGUGGGCUACGGAGACUUCGUGCCCGACAUCUGGCCGUCGCAGCUGUUCAUGGUCAUCAUGAUCUGCGUCGCCCUCAUCGUCCUCCCGACGCAGUUCGAGCAGCUCGCCUUCACGUGGAUGGAGAGAAAGAAGCUCGGGGGAACGUACUCCGCCCACCGCGCGCAGAACGAGCGCCACGUGGUCGUCUGCUCCACCAAUCUCCAAGCUGACACCAUCAUGGACUUUCUCAAUGAGUUCUACGCGCAUCCACAUUUGCAGGACUACUUCGUGGUGCUACUGUCUCCCAUGGAGUUGGACCCGACCAUGAAGAUGAUCCUGCAGGUGCCGAUGUGGGCGCAGCGGGUCAUCUACAUCCAGGGGUCGUGCCUGAAGGACGGCGACCUGACCCGGGCGAGGAUGAGCGAGGCGGAGGCGUGUUUCAUCCUGGCGGCGAGACACUACGCGGACAAGACGGCGGCGGACGAGCACACCAUCCUGCGGUCGUGGGCGGUCAAGGACUUCGCUCCCAACGUCCCUCAGUACGUGCAGAUCUUCCGGCCGGAGAACAAACUGCACGUGAAAUUUGCAGAACACGUAGUUUGCGAGGACGAGUUCAAAUACGCCCUCCUCGCGAACAACUGCAUGAGUCCGGGCAUCUCCACCUUAGUAACGUUACUGCUACACACCUCCAGAGGACAGGAGGGCCAGGCGUCGCAGGAGGACUGGCACCGCCUCUACGGGAAGUGCUCCGGCAAUGAGAUCUAUCACAUCAAGUUGGGGGAUUCGCGCUUCUUUGGCGAGUAUGAGGGAAAGAGCUUUACUUAUGCGAGCUUUCAUUCGCAUAGAAAGUACGGCGUUGCCUUGGUCGGUGUCCGGCCUGCCGAGUUACCCGAGUUCUACGAGGACACGAUCUUGCUGAACCCUGGUCCUCGACACAUCAUGAAGAAAACAGACAUUUGCUUCUACAUGAGCAUCACCAAAGAAGAGAAUAGUGCCUUUGUUGUGGGAACAGGUGCAAGCAGCAGCAGCAGUCAGGAGGGCAGGGCGGAGCCGGAGGACCCUGCCUCGAAGGACCCGGAGAAGGGCAUGAAGCUGAGCGAGUGCGAGGAGCGUCCCAAGCCGAGAUCAGGCCGAAGGUGUGUCCUGCUCAAGCUGCGACGCAACGCGCUCAUGUCCUCCACCAGGAGGAACCUCGUCCAGCAGGAGGGGGAGGCCUCGACCGACCUGCGCAAAGGUCACCCCCGCCACAAGCUGGAGCGAGAAGAUACCACAAAGUCUAACAGUCCGUCCCUCAGUGGGGGCAAUUUCCUGGAUGUCCCUCGUUCAGAUACUCUGGGUAACGUGUCUGAUAAAAGGCCAGAGACCCGGCGCCCGUCCAUCCUCCCGGUGCCGGACAUGUUCACGGGCUCGACCUUGAACAUCGCCGGCCAAGAGCGAGGCAGCGACGAGGCUUCCGGGGAGAGCGAGGACGAGCUGGACGACGUGCCCUGGAGGUCGCCCUCGGAGAUGAUCGCCGGGAGAAGGAACGGGGCUCGCACAUCUCCUAUAUGUUUCGGCUGCCUUUCGCCGCAGGAAGUGUGUUCUCAGCCAGCAUGCUAGACACGCUGCUGUACCAGGCGUUCGUGAAGGACUACCUCAUUACCUUCGUUCGCCUCCUGCUUGGGGUGGACCAGGCGCCGGGCUCGGGCUUCCUCACCUCGAUGAAGAUCGGCAAACAGGACCUGUGGAUCCGAACGUACGGCCGCCUGUACCAGAAGCUCUGUUCCACCACGUGCGAGAUCCCAAUAGGCAUCUACAGAACUAUAGACACGAGCAACAUGGAGCCGGGGAAUAAUGAUGGAGACGCCUCGGACACUGGCCAUUCAUAUUCACACUUAUACGACACCACCUCUUGUUUUUUAUGCCAAAGCAACCAAAACUCGAUGUUCUCCCUCAACAUCUCGGACGACCCCAAGGAAGGGCACAGCAACCUCAUUGAGAGGGCAGAGAUCGCGCAGCUUGUGAGGUCCCGGAUGCAGAGUCUUGGUCUUCCCCCGGAGGACUAUGACGAUGUCUCCGAGAAGCGCAAUUCCUUGUCCUUUGUUAUCAUCAACCCUUCUUGUGAUCUCAAACUGGAAGAAGGCGAUAUAGUGUACCUCAUCAGACCGAGUCCGUUCUCAGCGCAGAAGACCUUCGAGCGACACAACUCAAGACGAAAGUCCAACAUUUCCCUUUGUGAUACUCGACGUCGAAGCACGACCUUCUCGCGACCGCCUCCUCUGACGUCGGCGCCCAAGUCGAACUCGCUAAGCUUACCAGACAGUCCGCAGAUCUCUCCAGGUCCUUUCCUAACGUCCCCAUUAGAGUCCCUUCACGUCCCCAUGUCCCCCAAAACAGGAUUUGUCCGGGGACGCUCAAACUCUUUGCGCGUCGACGACAUUCUCAUGAGGCGCUCGAACUCGCUGCGCUUCGGGCUCGAGGCCACGCGCAAGAUCAACAGCUUCGAGGAGCUCGGCAUCAGCCCCAUCACGCCGCUCACCCGCGACGAGCGCACCGGGUCCAUCAAGAUCCCCGUCAACGGGUCCAUCGGCCUCGAGGUCACUCCGCCUGAGGAGUGCGGAUCCGAAGCCUCCGUACCUUCUAUCCAGCUCCAAGGCACCAUUGUCUGACCACCGCCAUCGCCUCGACCGGCGCGAGUAUGGUUCCACAUGGGCGGAGUUCGCGGCUACUCGCCCAGCCGCACGCAGAGACUCUGACAGCCAGCGGCCUCCCGCCCUGUGCGCCGCUCGUCUCUCGGGCCGCUGUCCUGGCCGCAGGCGCAGUAAUGGAGGGAGGCCGAGGAAAGAGAAACGGUCGCGUUGACCCUCAGUUGUUUUUCGAUUUCGAAAAUCUAAAAUGCCUCCGGUGAUGUUCUAAGUGCUUUGUUCCGAUUGCAUUUCUCUUUGACAAUAUCCACGGUUUUGGGGCAUUGGGUACAAACGUAGGGUGAGGUCAGUUUUUUAGUGAAUUACGCAUAUUACAAAUCGCUUUGCUUGUGUGAGUGAAUGGAAGUGACGAGAAGAAAAGUGCGGAUUCAGAUAUUAUUUUUGUUUAGGUUUAAGUCCUUGAAACACAAAUGACUUUAGAAUUUGAAUGUAAGGAUAUAUGAUUGCCAACACGACGGACUUUACCUUCUGUGAAGGGUUAUUGCGCCCUACAUCGUGAUAGCCACAAAGAUCCUUGUUUCAUUGUGAGCCUCUCGUGUCUGGUGCUGUGAGACUCUGUGGCUCAUAUGAUGAUCCAAGUUGUUGUUUUGGAAAAGGAAAAUGAGACUCGAUGACUUCUGCUUCUGAAGAAUAUGAUCAAAAUGAUAGUGAAAUCCAAUUUUCUGAGAAUAUAGCAAACGAUUUGCGAACAAAGACCCAGUGUGUUUGUUAUAUAAGCUCAACAACGUUUUCCUUGCAAAGUUAGAACAUGAACUGAAUAUUUAACUGAUGUGUUUAUCAGGCUGUACCUUUCCUUUCCCCGCUUUAUUUACCGUUGGAUUCUUUCGGAACCCGGUUCAGUUCCACCUCAGCACACUUGUUGGUAUUUCAGACGAGCAAUAUCUUUCAGCCACGGUUUAAGAGACGCUUCAGCUCUCAGGUCCCACGUGGCAUUUGAGUUCAUAACAAUCAGAUUUUACUCUCACCCUCACUCUGAGUUUAUGAAUAUAACUUACUUUCAAAAUAAGUUAGCAGCUGUUAUUGAUAUAUAAUGCCUUAUUGUGUUACAUGCAGCAUUACUGAAACUAUAUCAUGUUGUGAAUUCAUAUAGUGAUGGAAAGAGAAAUCAUAAUAAAUCAGUACUUUCAGGCGACAACUUUUUUCCAAUUGGUUUUAUCAGAAUUCCCAACCAACCCUUUCCUUAGUACCAAAAUUGAAUGUUAAAUACCCUGUAUCAUCGUAAUAGGCUUUGUACUUAACUAGUUUUCGACCAUAUGAAUAAUCAGUAAUAGUUGUAAGCCAAUCCUAUCUCAGAAUAUUGUACCAAAGUCCAUGUAUAUUUGUGCAGAUAAUGUGAGGUUGUGAUAUAUUAUCUUGCCGACUCAUAAUGUGCAUGUACCAGAUUGAUAAGCUGAGCAUAAUCCUGUAUAAUCUUUAUUUUAUUAAUAUAUAUAGAGUUUAUGAUUAAAGCAUAGCACAUUUUAGCGUUAAGGUGAAUGCUCGACAUUCUGUACAUUCAGAGGCUGCCCUCUACCAUUUGGCUAGAUAAAUUACACUCAUAAGACGAUUAAGGAUGUUUGUUUUCAUACCAUACUGAUUGUACGUAAAUAUUUGUGUUUUUUCGGUUUGUUUUUCUUUCUCUUUUCCAGUCAAAGCGAAUAUUGUUUUAUUGUUCGUUACAGAAUACGAAACAAUAUUUGGUUUGUGGUGUACAUGGUCAAAAACAAGAAAAUGGUUUCGUCUUUGGUGUUACGGAACUCAAAGAAUAUAGUUACAUUGUGAAGCUGUGGCAGUUGCUUUAUACAGAUGCCGGUAUAUGUGAAAUAAAGUAUAUUAGAUACUUUUUAUUUUUUAUAUAAAAAUGUAAACUGAUUUACAUAAUUGAAAGAAAUGGCAUACUUUCUUAUUAGUUCAGUCCUUUGACUGUAAUGUGAUUGUGUCUAUAUGAAUAUAACAAUUGAAAAAAAAUAUUUUUGAAUUACUGAAGCAUUUUUUAAGCUUGGAAUUAUCUUGUUACCUGUUCCUCAAGGCUUUCAUGUCUGAUUGUAUGUACAGUCUUCAUAAAAUUAACUCUAUUUGAUUUUUUCUUCUAUUUUUUCUGUCUUUUUUAUCGUGAGGCGGGACAGGACACUCCCAGCAGUCUCACUGAAGAACGGAGUAUCAUUUAUACUGCAUUACUGCUUUGUAAAUAAGGAUCUAUGAAGAUGACAGCUGACCGCAUCAAUAUUUUCAUUUCCUCAACUCAUGUGACAACAGUAUUGCUUGUUUCCUUGUUUAUCUCUUUUCCAUAAUUCCUCUUCUGAUAUUCUGGCUUGUAUACUGUAGGCAAAGUAGUGAAAAAAAAAGUCUACCACUCCAUCUUGCUCAUAUUCAUUACUGAUCUGAAAUCAAUUAUAUCUGUAAGUAUAGGAAAACUUGAGA